ACAUCACACAGUCGGACUCGGGAAGGAAGCUGGAAGUUGAUGCUGUCGGAGGUGGGGCAGAGUCUUCAGAGUUUCACCGAUGAUCUGUGAUGUGAAGGCAACAUGACCGAUGCUAAGGAUCAUGAAACGGAGGUUCACCCCUUGAAGAAUGAGGAGGGGGUUCCACCCAACACCCCUUCAAAGAAAGGCAUCUUCUCGACCAGCUCAAAGUUGUCUCGCUGGCGCACAGCUGCCUUUUUCGUCUCUCUUUUCCUCUGUCUCAUUGUUGUGUUUGCCUUUUCCUUCAUCAUCCCAUGCCCUGUGCGGCCGGUCUCGCAGCGAACCUGGAAAAGGAGUUAUGAGGAUGCAUCAACUUUCAACAUUUUGGGUAUAUUGGAUGCAAAUAAUGACAAAGUCAAUGAUGUGAUUUUCGCUUUUAAAGCUUCUGACAACUUACUAAAUGUCUCUUGUUCUGAUGAAGAAAUUCUGUCUCCUUGUGUCUUCCUUACUGCCAUCUGUGGCAGAAAUGGCAGCGUUCUGUCUCUGAGGCCAGUGAGUCAGGACCAGAUCUGGGCACGUUGUGAAGUUUCAAAACUUGGAGGGGUAGAACAUCCUAGCUGCCUGCUCUACAAUUCACAAGACUUACUAGUUAUAGAUUCCAAAACUGAUUCCAUUCUGUGGCGGAAAAAUAAUUCUCAGAACUUCAAGACACCAGUUUUGAUGGUGCCUGAUGUUGAUCAGGAUGGUGUGGAAGAUCUGGCAGUCAUUACUUCAACUGGAGAUUCGACAACAAUAUUGUUUGUUUCUGGAAAAAGCGGAAUUCAGAUUGGUUCACAGGUGGACCUUAAUCUGCAACAGACUUCAGGUCAUUUGAUUCACCUUGCCAGCAGGGAUUCUUAUUAUAUUCUAUUCAAAAAAGGUUCUGCCAUACAUGGAUAUGCCUUGAAAAAUAUUCUUGCUCUAGCAAUGGAGGGGCUCAAAAUAAGUGCAGGAUUACAGGAAGAUUCCAACUGGAGGCUAUUAACUGUCAACUCUACUGUCAACAGCGUGAUCAUUCACUACUCUGAUUUAAUUCAGCAUGUAUUUGAAGUUCCAAAUAAAGACAAAACCUCAAGGAACCUGCUGGUUAUCACAGAUCAUCAGCUGGAAAUUAUUAAUGGGAAGACACUAAAUCCGCUUUGGAAGAAAUUUAAUGCUCCUGCUAUGAUCAGAGAGACAGCUUUUGGAUAUUUCAAUAAUGAUGAGAUUGUUGAUGUAAUUGCUGAAGAAGAAUAUGGCAACAACACAAAAAAAGUAGCCAUUUAUGAUGGCUCUACAGGAUCCUCCUUGUGGGAGAUUGUGCUGAAGUCAAAUCUGAAAAACCCCAAGCCCUCCACUGUAAAAGCUGCAGACCACAGAUCUGUCUUCCUAUUUUGGGGAAGAUUUCUUGAUGCUGUUUCGAGUUCACUGGAUGAGCAGCAGUUUUUAUAUUGGCUUCACCCAUCCCAUCCAAAAGUUAUUUUGGAACUCCGAAACACAACUGAGGAGGUUGUGGUUUUCCAAGCUUUGUUGUUUGAGAAGAGCAGGCAUGCCGGCUAUAUUCUGCUCUCAGGAUCGACAAAUCCAAUGAAGACUGGUAACGUGACACUUUUCAAAGGGAGAUUUAAAGAAGAUAUCUCACACAGCCGCGUGAUUAACCUGGGAGAAGAGACUUUCACUGACGAGGAGAUCAGGAACAUAUUCCUCAGAAUGCGAUACAGCAGUGAAUAGUGCUGUUUUCUUGCCUCUCUGGAAUGCCUAUCCUUUAUAUAUAUAUAUAUAUAUAUAUAAAUUUUUAUUUUCUGGCUGCUAACCUAGACUGGACUAGCCAAUGUUUUUUAUUGUUUGCUUGCUGUAUACAAGUGUACAGAGAUUCCAAAGACAAAUAGGGAGUCUGGAAAUCUCGUAUUUAUUUCAGGGUUUUUAAUUUUACUGAACAUAGAGCUAAUAUUGCAAAGAAGUUCACUUGUGCCUUAAAUUCAUUUAAAUCCAUUCUGCUACUCAGUCUGCAUAUUUGUUGAGCACUUUAAUAAGCAGUGAAACAGCCUAAUUCAUUAUCGUUUCCUCUAGAAUGCCUAAUACAUCCUAAACAGUCAGGGGCUGACAAUAAUUGUCAAACCUUUUGUUGCUAUUACAUGAUAAAUGGAUAACAGCCAAGUAAUACGUAAUUAAGGGAUACACACUUUUAAAGAGAUUUGCUGCAUUUUGAAUGUUAUUUUAAAAUUGCAGUCCACUGUAAUGAUGGCAACACACACUGAACUAACGAGUGUCUAAAUGUGGUAAUUUUAUGAUUCCAGCAGGUACACCGUUCAGUUGAACUAUUUUGUGUUGGUUGCAAGGUGUUAGCUUGUUCAUGGAGUGUGAAGUGCUUGCCAUGAUCUCUUAGAUUUGCUUUUCUUUAUUAAGAAAACAAGACAACAAACUACAUAGCAUUUGCUUUAUAUUGCUGUCACAUAAAAUGGGAGACUUCUGUGAUCCUCUCCUAGCAUUCAAGCACAUUCUUUAUUGUAAUUUUAAGGGUAGGUCACAUUUAAUGACAUUUCUGUUGAUUUUCAGUCAUAGCCUUCGUUUACAUAAUUUUAGUGAGUCUGAGACAGUCUCCAGCUUGCUCCCAUGAAGCCAGUCACCUAGUGUGACAUGCCAAGCAAACAUUUGAUUUUGUCUUUUGUCAUAGGGGUGCCCUCGGUGUGCAUGUGAGCUGACAACCAACAAAGGGCAUUAUACUGAUUUACAAUGUGUAUAAUACAGCCACAAGGAGAAAGCGACAUGAGUGUUUAGGACCUCACAAACAGAAUAGAGGUUCGACUGUCUUAUGUCUCGUGUUUUAUAUUCUGUGAAAUAGAAAAAGGCAAAGGCUGCAUCUGAACUCACUGCAGGUUUUAAAAUUUUAUUCAGCACCACUUCUGUCAGGCAGCACAUUAUCUGCUGUUACAAAAAGUGCUAAGCACAGCUGUGCUGUGCUAGAAUGUUGACAACCAGUCACUAAACGUGGUACGCCCUUCGUAAUGUUACAUCGGCUUUAAUUGCAUUAAUACAAAUGUAUGGUUUCUUGAAAUUAGCCAACUAUGGACUAGUGCCCCCUACGGUUUCAGAUACAAGUAUGUUGUUUUCAUUUGUGUUUUUAAAUCACUUGUCGUGGCACACUUUUUUUUUUUUUUUUUUUUGGGCAUAGUAGGUUCCCAGACCCUUGUUAACCUGGAUAAGAGCGGUCAUAAGUAAGGAAAGUAUAUUAAUAUAAGGUAAAAUUGAAAGAUUGCUAAAACACAAAUUGCUCUAUAUUGAUGUCAUACCCUACGUGUUACAUAACAAGUAUAUAUUGUAUGGGCCAUUUGAUUUUGCUAUUUUUCUGUAAUUUUACUCCUUUUGCUGAAUUUUGUGACAAGGCAAAAUUUACACAAAGGUAUUGCUGAGCACAGCACAUUAGUGUGUUCCUGUUGCUUUUAGUCUGUUUAUUUUUUUAUAUGAAAUGCUGACCCAUUAUUUAGAUUUCAGCAUUGAAAUGAAAAAAAGUGUCUGCUCAUAAAUACGAUCAUAUUAUGGGCUCUGUUCCUUUUAUCCAAUUCAUUUGAGGAUGCUAUUUUUAGACUGAAUGGGGAUGAGAGGCUUCACUCCUUAAGGGCCUUGGCUGAUGUUUAUAAAUCCUCUCAUUACUAUUAGUACACGCUGCUCGUGGCUUAUUUCAACGUGCUGCACUAAUGACUGCUGGAUCCUCUCAUUAGGCAGCUGCCACCUCACAAUUCGAUCAACCAUGACCAGUAAUGAAGUGGUAGUUAAUAAUAAUUAAUAUAAUCCAAUAUCUGUUGUUUUGGGAGCACAGCGGUUUAUCAUGCUGACUCCCUAUCACAGAAACCAGAGCUCAGUGUCUGGAUACGUCAGUGUCACUGUGCUAUCUUCAUAUUCUCUCCUACUAUCGGAGAUGGUGAUGUUAGCUUAGUUACAGUGUGAGUGUGAAUGUGCUCAAUGGUGGAAUGGCAUUAAUCACAAGUACAACCUCUGGCACUUUUCAAAGAUAUCCAGCAUUUCUUGUUGGGCCCGGUUGCAUCACACAGCUAUUCCAGCAGACUUAAAUAAUCUUAUGAAGUCUGAGGUGGUCAUGGCGUACUCUUGUGACUGCCAGUAAUGUACUCUGACAUCCCCAGUGACGCAGACCAAGAAAUUUGCUAUUCAACCCGACUUAUAUGAAGAGAUUUGAAAACUGAUGACUGUCAAUGAAAUUACAAUGCAUAAAAUGUAGCUACAAGGAGUAAGGAAAGCAAGUGUUUUGAACUUUUCAAACCGAACAUGGAGUUCUCUAUCUGAUGCCUCAUUUUAUGUAUUAACAACUGCAGUUGCUGAACUUGCCUGAGGGUGUCACAUUACAUGACUAGAAAAUCCACUCUGUAAUGACUUCCUGGCACAAUUUCACAUUUCCAAACUAUCGCCAGCUUGCUCCUUUCUCUGAUAGCCAAUAACAUGCUGCCUGUGGUGUAUAGAGGCUAUUCAGCUAUGGCAAAUUCAGCUGCAAUCGCUGCCCUUUUUUUUGUUCAUUUUUUUCUAUUCUGUGAUUGUAUGUAAAAACAUAGCACCUCUUCUGUUUGCGAGGGCCAAAAUGCAUGCUUUCCCUGCGGCUGCAUUUCUGGCUGCGCGCUCCUUGGUUGUCUGCUCUUGCAUACAAUUUAGGACCGUUUGAUUUUAUCAGGGCAAAUUGCAGAGCAGUAUGCCAGAGUUAAUGGGGAUGUCAAACUACAUGACUGGUGAUCAUAGAAAUGCACCGCAUCUGGCUCAGAUUAGCUAACGAUACAUAAAUCAAGUCUGAGACUGAAAAUCGGUGGAAAAAUAUUGUAGUGUGACAUUUUUUUAUAUUGCUACAUUACUUACUUACUAUGCAGCCUUCUGACACUUUUUAAAAGAUGUCCAGCGUUUCGCCAUUCACCACACUUUGGUGUCUGCGUGUCAGCAGCCCCUUAGGCAAUACAUCACAAAUGUUAAGUGGAUGUGUUUAGCAAUCCAGGCAUAGAGGAAGUGAGGCGAGGGUUACAUUAAACAAUUACUUUUUAUAUCACAGAUGUUGUAAACCUUGAAUGGCCUUCAGUAAGCAGCAGGCCCACAUCAUGAACAAGUGGUCAGCUGUGUUGUCUCUUUUAUCCACUUAGGGCUAAACAAACUUCCUGAGGCAUACAGAGACUCAAAGAAUAUCCUGAUUACAGUCUUCUACAGGUCAUCCAUGCCUGUUUAUUUUGAGAACUACGUAAUAUAAACACAAAAAGACAAAUUAUACAAAUAAAAUCUUUAUGUUGUAUAGCACUGUCAAUAAUGAAUAUCAUCCCAAAAUGCUUUCCCCAUUACAACUAUUUCCAGAUUUCUGCAAUGGGUUAAAUGGUUGAUUAAGUUAACUCUUAUCAUUGUAACAGAGUGAAUCAAAAAUGGGGAUUGAACGAAUAAAGUUUAUUUUAUGUAACAAAGGCAAUCCAAAACACUUGACAGGUACACGUAUAGCUAUGUCCAGAAUUCUACAACAUGAGCAUAAAUCGCUAUAGUGAUUUAAUAAAGUCUUAAUACCGUAUGUAGGCAGUGGCUGAAUUUGAAUAGACACAUUUUAUUUUAUAUAGCGGCUUUUAAUAGGAAACACUAUCCCAAGAUGCAUUGUUGGCAUGCCAUAUUUUCCCAAUGAUGAAUCUGUAGCUAAUGUAGCAUCUGUCUGUAUUGUUAUAUAGUGCCUUGCUAUAGCAGACAACAUCCUAAGAUGCUUUGUAGAUGCAUCACUUUAAAUAUUUGUACAGUGUUAGCCCAAACAUGUUAAGAAACUCUACUCAACAUUACACAGGGAGUUAAUGUCCUUUUGAACAUGCUAACCUUGUUUUAUAUAGCAGCACCUUCUUAUUAAAAACACUAUCCCAAGAUGCUUUGCUGUAAUUUCACUUUCCAUAUUUUCACAAUGUAAUCAUGAGUUGUUUACAUGCUGAGUUAGUAUUGACGUUAAGUAACCAACCCUUUAUAUUAUUUAUUUAAACACACACAUAUAUUUAUAUAGAGAGAGAUAUAGAUAUCUAUAUAUAUAAAGUUAGUGCUUUGCUAUAUUGAGCUCCAACUUAAGAUGUUUUGUAGUAUUAAUGUUUACACAUAUUUCUAAGUGUAAGUGCAAGCAGGUUAAGUAAUUUGUUAAGGUUACACGGUGAAUCCCUGCUAGGGUUAAGCAAACAGAUCCGUCGCUGAUGUAGCAGCUUCUUGUAUUGUUAUAUAGUGUCCUUCUAUAUCAGACACCAUCCUAAGACACUUUGCAGGCACAUCAUUUUAAGUAUUUUUUUUAGUGUUACCCCAAACACCUUAAGAAACUUCUUCAGCAUUAAACAGUCCGCUAAUGUUGUGCUUGAGUGUGCAACUUUUAUUUUAUUUGGCACCUUCUCAUUUGUUACACCAUCCCAAGAAGCUUUGCAGGUAAAUCAGUUUCCCUGUUGUUAAGAAUGUCAUCCCAAGCACAUUAAGAUGUUUGGAUUGAAUAUGCAGCCUGCAUUGUAUAUGGCAGGAACUGUUCCUAAAAUGCUUUUGGGGUCCACAAACUUCUUUAGAAGGUUAAGUGACUUGCGUGGGGUUACACUUCGAUAAAAUGGUGGUACAAAAAACCUUGACUUUAUAUAGCACCUUUCUAUGGAGUUUGCCAUCCCAAGAUGCUUUACAAAUACAGAUGGAUUCUAUAAUUGUACAAUGUGAGCACAAGCGGCUAACACAGAGAUGAUGACAGGAAAUAAAAUGACAUAAAGUGCCUUUCAAUAAUGAAUGUUAUCCAAAGACAUUUUGCAGAGGUAGUGUGAUUGUGCUACUUAUUACAAAUCGGAGCAGGGACACUGUUAGCUAGCAAUGCCUGUAUUGAGGGAAUUGGCAGAUUUGUCAACAAAACACCCAGUGCCUUAGCCGCUGUGCCACAAUGUCUUUAUGCGAGCUUUAAUUUGGGUAGGCGCGCCAUCCUGGAUUGAAUCCGAGGCUUGAGUGUUGUGUGCUGACAACGCGGCCCUUUUGAGACAUUCAGUUUUUUAAAGGUAUUGUAAUUUAAGAAUAUAUGCAGUGCAUGCAGCUCUUUCAUGGGCUGCUAAUCUGAGUUCUUUCCUGCGUGGCCUUUUGGAUGUUUUGUUCAUCCAGUUGUAUCUGUCAUAGCAUUUUUGAGUGGAUAAGGCCGCCUUUUUGUGUUUACAAUUUAAAUAAAUGCCUUAUAGGUGGCAUACAUAUGAGUACUCGGCAUAGCAAUGGUUUGGUGUGUCAAGCCUGUCAUCGUUGCACCCAUAAAACCUGCCCCAAUGCUAUAAUUUUCUGUUUUUGUCCCUUCCCACACAGUUUGUCACCUUUAUGUACAUUUGCACAGCUCUCCAGGUGGAAUCUGCACAGGUGUGGAUGAAGGCCGAGUCACACAACACUUGUUAUAAGAAGUCCAAGGCCACCCUAGCGACGUGGCAGGAGCACAAGGAGGUUGGUGUAAACUAAAAGUAAGCCUUUGGUGGCCGUGGCCGGGAUUCUGCUCUUCUGCUGUAGCUUUUUGUUUUUUUUCUUCUUUUAAUUAUUACUCUUUUGUUUUCUUUUGCUAGAUUAAAACAUAAAUAUGAAAAUAGUUUAUAGAGGACAGCAAAUAAAUUGCAUUUUGUGUGCUCAGGUAUCAAUUAACACCAUGUUUCUCAGCCUUUCUGGUGCUGUGAGCCACUUUUUCUUAUGCAAGUGUCUUCAUGACCCACCAAGGGAAAGGAGGGCGGUGGUCGCCCUUGCUGAGUUGUGUGUGAACGUCAGAGCGUUUACUUCAGGUUCCACUUGGUGAAUUGAGCUCGAUUGUCAGAGUGGAUGGGAGGGGUUAAGGUAAGGGGGCUACCUCGGGUUGAAUUGAGCACAAACAUCGGGAGGGGUGAGCCCCCUUCUCUGAGUUGACCGCGAUCAUCGGAGCAGUGACCCACCACAACCCACUACCAUUAUAAACCAGGGUUUCUUAAACUUGAAUUUGUUGCAACUUAAUCUCGCCCAUGAAGAGUCUGAGACCCCCCUUCCCUAGUGAAUGCCCAGACAAGUCUUCAGUGUGACUAUUAUUUGCCCACCUUGGAGAAUGGCGAAUGAUUUGGGAGGGAUUGGCGCGAUGGUUGGGCAGUGUUCCCCUUGGAGAAGUGUAGACGAUUGUCAGUGUGGGGGCAGUGUCCCACAUGGAGAAUUGAGGGGAUAUAUUAGCAGGGUGGUUAGGUGAUGUGACUUAGAGACUUGCGGACG